AUCAUCGGCCUUCCACUGUACCUGGCAAGAUCUGCUCGGACAAGAUCGGUGCGACUGUCGGUACCUGCUUGAGCUGCACUUCCUUUUGACUCACAGUCGCACCCUGCAUCAUCUCGGUGGCACAUCUGCUCUCUCCGACAUUCCGGAUCUCUUGCUCCGACCCUCAAUCCCCCGCGCAACAAAACGUCUUCGCAGUCGAGACCUACCCCGGCGAAGCGUCGGGACGUAUGGUACUAGGCGUUGGUCCACAAAACCUUAAAAACGAGCGCAUGACCCGGACCUUAGCCACGACCAACCUUGAAAUCGCGCACACAACAAGUCAAAUAUGUUGCGCCUACUCGCUCUUCAGCAACACAAACACCAGCACGACUAAUACAAGCAACUUCAUCUCCACCGCAACACCGAAAAGAAAAACACAGCAAUCAUGGCCGGAGUCUACGCCUCCCACAACCCCAUUGCUAUCCACAACAACCUCGACAUCCCCCAUCCCGGCUACAUGGACCAAAACGGCUUUGUCCACAUCCCCAUCACAAUCGCAGAAUACAUCGAUCCUUCUCAAAAACUCAACUUCGUCGACAAAGUGCGAAGUAAAGCCAGCCAUAAGACCGAUCAGAAACCGCAGAUGUUUGCCAUGUCGCAGAGGGACUAUGUGAAUCAUUGGGCGAAAGAUGAAGCCGGCGAGUGGCUGCCGAACGUGACGGAACCUCCUGAGGGUCGACUCGCUUGGUUGAGAACGCAGGUAAGGGUCAAUGAGGAGUGGAAGCAAUGGGGAGCGCUGAGGGAUAUCACUUCGGGGAAGUGGUCUUGGGGCGCGACUGGUUGAGUUUAUUGGUAAGGGAUAAAGGGAGGGAGUAUGGUGAUUCAAUUGAUUGAGCUCUUGGUCACAAUUCUGGAUGGUUCGGCUUCGGAGGCACUUCGAGGAGUCGUGUGCUUGGCACUUUUGCUAUAUCUGCAUAUCGCAUACCGUCGUCCAGUG